AUGGAGCGGGAUCUCUACAAGCAGUUCAAUGCGGCUGUGGGAUCAUUUCAAAGUCUACUACGAAUCCCCACCACUGAUCGUAUCUUCCUCAGCUAUCAAUACCACCUCGUCCACCUCCUUAAACUUAUCGCUGCGUAUGAGAAAGCAGGACUGCUCAGCGCUCACUUUUUCAUCCUCAUCAGGCAUUCCUUCUUCUUUGUUCACAGUGCUUGCCAUAGUCAUCCACAUAGCCCAGAGCAUCAUAAAGCACACCUCAACCAAUUCAGGCUUUUGCUUGAAAAGUGCAACCAAAACGGAGUAAACAACUAG